CGCGAAUGGCCCGUCCCUCGUACGAUGAGUUUAGCCGGCAGCGUGAGGAGUUCUUCGGCCGGGAACAGGGUCGGGGACUUGGUGCCGAUCUGGUGCUGAGUGGCGACGAGCAGCGACUCAACCGGUACGUGAUGCAUCUCAAGCAGCAGGAACUUGCCAAGGGUGUGGACAAUCCGUACGAGCUUGUUUCGGCCCGGCAUUUCUUCGAGAUGCUCGAACGCAUCAACGACUCACCGCUGUUCAAGCUGAUCCAGCAGAUGCCGAAAGGUGGCGUUUUGCAUGCUCACGACACCGCUAUAGGGAGUACGGAGUUGAUCGUGCGGGCCACACGCCAUGAACAUCUCUGGCAGAGUGGUAACAUCCCGCAGGCUGACGGUGAUCCGAUGCCGGUGUACAAAUUUUCACGCGCCAAACCGACCGCUGAAGGUGAGUGGCGUUCGGUGGCGGACAUUCGAAGCUCGCUGGGCGAUGAAGCGUACGAUGAGGCUGUACGGAAAAUGUUCACGCUUUACACGAAGGACCCGUUAAAUGCUCACCGUGACAUUAACGAUGUUUGGCGCAAGUUUAUGGCACUGUUCAUUUGUUUCGAGCCAAUGGUAACAUACCGCCCGGUGUGGGAAGAAUACUUUUAUGGUUGUUUAGAAGAGUUGCUUGCUGAUAACGUCACUUAUUUGGAGUUCCGAGGACUGUUGCCUCCGGUCUACGAUCUUGAUGAUCGCAAAUACUCCCCGCAAGAUAUCGUUCAAAUGUACGUCGAUCAGUCGGAAAAGUUUCUCCGCGCACAUCCCAAGUUCAUGGGCGUUAAGUUUAUCUAUGCACCGUUAAAGUUUUGCGACGACAGCACGUUCGACGGUUACCUUACGUUGGUGCAGCAGCUUAAAGAACGCUUCCCGAACUUCAUCGCCGGCUUUGACCUCGUCGGGCAGGAAGACCUUGGACGACCACAUACGGAUUUCAACGAGCGGCUUCUUACCCUACCACCAGCAAUCAAUUUCUUCUUCCAUGCCGGCGAAACGAAUUGGGCUGGACGGCGGGACGAAAAUUUGAUCGACGCCAUCCUGCUGGGAACGAAGCGCAUCGGUCACGGGUUUGCCGCCCUCAAGCAUCCGGUCGUACUGGAGGAGGUUAAGAAGCGUCAAGUAUGCAUCGAGCUGAACCCCAUCUCUAACCAGGUGCUGAAGUUGGUGCAAGAUUUUCGCAACCAUCCCGGUGCGUUCUACUUCUCCGACAACUAUCCCGUGGUGGUGUCCUCGGACGAUCCGUCCUUCUGGUGUGCAUCGCCACUGAGUCAUGACUUUUUCGUCGCCUUCAUGGGACUGGCGUCGGCCCGGGCGGACAUACGGUUGCUGAAAAAGCUCGCACUCAACUCGAUCGAGUACAGCUCGAUGGAGGGCGAAGAGAAAGUUGCGGCCGCACAGAAGUGGACCAACGCCUGGAACGAAUUUGUGCAGGAAUCGCUCAAAAGCAUUCCGGCAGAGUUUUAG